UCCGCUGAGGUGUCGUGGCCCUCGGCAGCCGCCGUCGUGUGUCUCUGUUGGCCGGGCGCUGCCGGAGGGGUUCAGCGCGAGCGGAGCAACCAUGAGCCGCAGCUACAACGAUGAGCUGCAGUACCUGGACAAGAUCGACAAGAACUGCUGGCGGAUCAAGAAGGGCUUCGUGCCCAACAUGCACGUGGAGGGAGUUUUCUACGUGAACGACCCGCUAGAGAAGCUGAUGUUCGAGGAGCUGCGCAACGCCUGCCGCGGCGGAGGUGCGGGUGGCUUUUUGCCUGCUAUGAAACAGAUUGGGAAUGUGGCUGCAUUGCCUGGAAUCGUUCAUAGAUCCAUAGGCCUGCCAGAUGUCCACUCUGGCUAUGGCUUUGCCAUUGGCAACAUGGCAGCCUUUGAUAUGAAUGAUCCUGAAGCAGUGGUGUCACCAGGUGGUGUCGGAUUUGACAUCAACUGCGGUGUCCGCUUACUGCGUACAAAUUUGGAUGAAAGUGAUGUGCAGCCUGUGAAGGAGCAGCUUGCCCAGGCUAUGUUUGACCACAUUCCUGUCGGUGUUGGUUCAAAGGGUGUCAUCCCCAUGAAUGCCAAGGAUUUGGAAGAGGCUCUAGAGAUGGGUGUAGACUGGUCUCUCCGGGAAGGCUAUGCCUGGGCAGAGGACAAGGAACACUGUGAGGAGUAUGGAAGAAUGCUGCAGGCUGAUCCCAACAAAGUCUCUUCGAGAGCAAAGAAGAGGGGCCUGCCUCAGCUGGGGACCCUGGGAGCAGGAAAUCACUAUGCUGAGAUCCAGGUUGUGGAUGACAUUUACAAUGAAUAUGCUGCCAGGAAGAUGGGCAUCGACCACAAAGGACAGGUUUGCGUCAUGAUCCAUAGCGGCAGCAGAGGUUUGGGCCACCAAGUUGCCACAGAUGCAUUGGUGGCUAUGGAAAAAGCUAUGAAACGGGACAAAAUCAUAGUGAACGAUCGCCAGCUAGCGUGUGCCAGGAUUGCCUCUGUGGAGGGGCAGGAUUACUUGAAGGGAAUGGCAGCUGCUGGAAACUAUGCGUGGGUCAACCGCUCUUCUAUGACUUUCUUAACAAGACAGGUAUGAGCAGAAUUGCCUCUGAUG